AAAUACCGCCUCGUUCCUGCCCCCUUUGCCGGAGAGGAAGAAGAGCCAGCGAGAGUGGAAGUUCAGAGAGGAAGCGAAGAAGGAAGAAGGUCUUCAAUGGCUUCUCUAGUGGCGUUUCAUACUCAAAUGCUCUUCUGCUCUCGCCGUGACGGCAGGUGGAAUGCCAGAUCUCGAGGAGUCUUCAUGGCCUCCGCACAUGGAUCCUCCGUCCCCACCAAAGUUGGGACUCAAAACAGCCCCUCUGCACCUCGUGAUUUUCAUAUUCAAGUCACUCAUUCAUUGCCGCCCAAGAAGAUUGAGAUUUUUAAGUCGUUGGAGGGUUGGGCAGAAAGUAAUAUAUUGGUGCAUUUGAAGCCUGUUGAAAAAUGUUGGCAGCCACAAGAUUUUCUGCCUGAUCCUUCUUCUGAGGGAUUUUAUGAUGAAGUCAGGGAACUGAGAGAACGCUCAAAGGAGAUUCCUGAUGAUCAUCUGGUUUGCUUGGUUGGAGACAUGGUCACCGAGGAAGCCCUCCCUACAUAUCAAACAAUGCUGAACACCCUUGAUGGUGUUCGAGAUGAGACAGGUGCAAGCACUACUCCGUGGGCUAGUUGGACAAGGGCUUGGACUGCUGAAGAAAAUAGACAUGGUGACCUUCUGAACAAGUACCUAUAUCUUUCUGGAAGAGUGGACAUGAAGCAAAUUGAGAAGACGAUUCAGUAUUUGAUUGGCUCAGGAAUGGAUCCAGGUACUGAGAAUAAUCCAUACCUUGGCUUCAUAUACACCUCGUUUCAAGAGAGAGCUACUUUCAUUUCCCAUGGAAACACUGCUAGGUUUGCCAAGCAACAUGGGGAUCUCAAAUUGGCUCAAAUAUGUGGAAUAAUUGCAUCUGACGAAAAGCGCCAUGAGACUGCAUAUACUAAAAUAGUGGAGAAACUGUUUGAGAUAGAUCCUGAAGACACUGUGCUUGGAUUUGCAGACAUGAUGAGGAAGAAGAUCUCAAUGCCUGCCCAUUUAAUGUAUGACGGACGAGAUGAAAACCUCUUUGAGCACUUUUCAGCAGUUGCUCAGCGGUUGGGUGUAUACACUGCCAAGGACUACGCUGAUAUACUCGAGUUCCUUGUUAACAGGUGGAAGAUAGCUGAUCUAACUGGUCUUUCUAGUGAAGGGAAUAAGGCCCAGGAUUUUGUCUGUACUUUGGCUUCCAGAAUAAGAAGACUCGAGGAAAGAGCACAAGCUAAGGCCAAACAAGCUCCUACCAUGCCCUUCAGUUGGAUCUUCGACAGGAAGGUGCAACUCUAGGCGGCAUCCAGUAUUUUUGGCCUAAUAUCGUUCUUGCAUGGAAGCAAAGCAUAACAUAUCUAGGUCGUAUCCGUUCCCUUAAUAAGAAGUAUCAUUGCCGACAUAUUUUUUUUAAUCUAAUUAAGUUUGAAUUGAGAAGGGAAGACUGAAUGUUCUACAAACUACUAUAUCACAAUCAAAACUGCGAGUUCCCGUUAAGAGUGUACUGUUUGGAUUUUCUUUUAUUUCUUAAACAAUAUAAAUACCUAAUCAAAAGUCUUUGUUAUCUUGUUCUCA